AUGGGAACUUUUACUGUGUUCUGUUAUUUAAUAUUUUAUUAUGUAAAAGUAUGCAUAUGUCUCCGCAUAGUGGGUAUAUCGGUACCAGCACUGAAGCAACGUGGGGAGUCGUCCACAUUAACAUGUGACUACGACCUGGAAGGGGGUAAGCUGUACUCUGUGAAGUGGUACAGAGACAAUGAAGAGUUCUACCGAUACAUGCCCCGGUUGAGACCUCCUCAACACGCACAUAAGUUGGACGGAGUUAAAGUUGAUUUAGAGAAGUCGACGGCUCGCCGCGUCCAUCUUCGAGAGCUGAUCCUCAAAUCUCGAGGAUUAUAUCGAUGUGAAGUUUCUGAGGAAGCUCCCUCGUUCCACUCUGCGCAAGCAGAAGCAUUCAUGGAAGUCUAUUAUUUCCCACGCGAAACUCCACGCAUCACGGGUCACGAGCGGGCGUAUAAAUUGAAAGAACCUCUGGAUGUAAACUGCUCAUCUGCCAAAUCGUUUCCAGCUCCUGAUCUACAAUGGCUUAUAGAUGGACAAAAGAUCACAGACAGAUCAUGGCUGAUCGCGUUUGGAGCGAAGCCGGCGCCACAAGGGUUGCUGAUUUCUACGCUCGGCCUUCGAGCGCCCACCAAGCCUCGUAUGAAACUCAAAUGUGUAGCCACUAUAGGAACACAUAGACGAGAACGGACAGUCAUUAUAGAAAUAAACUCAUCAAGCUGGAACAAACCGUUUAGUUUACUUAUAAUGAUAACAUUGAACAUUGUUUGUGUAAAGAUAUCGUGA